AUGGCACAUGGCCCGCACGAAGUGCAAGGCUACCCCAUUUCGGUGGACAUCGCAGCGCCUCGAGCGCCUCCACCCUCCACGGUGACUGCCUCGGUGCAGAGCGGCUGCCGAGUCUUCCUAACGAAGGUAUGGCCCACUUUUGUCCACAGUUUGGGAGCGGACAAACUUGAACUACAAUUUUCAAAUUUUGCCACGUGUCUAAAGUGCGACUGGUUCGGGGUCUGCCUCUUUUUGUCCCCCCCUCCCGGGAUGAUGGCGGAAGUACCCACGGUGGAAGCCGAAGUUGCUGUGCGGUUGGAAGCGGGACUGGGAGAGGGUUCUCUAUGGGACAGCCGUUCCAAGAAAUUGCUAUGGCUGGAUAUUCUUGGUGCAAAGCUCUUUCGCUUUGACCCAAGCACUGGGCAGAACGAAGAGUUUGAUCUUUCGAGUCAUUCAACGGCAGUGAGUUCGGUGGUGCCAAUCGCAGAGGAUGCCUCUGGAGAUACGGUGGCGCUCACCACUCGAGAGGGGUUUGCAGUGUACAACUUCCGCAGCCAACAACUGGACCUUCUGGGCGUGCCAGAGCCAGGGGUCAAGGAAGGCGAACGCUUCAACGACGGCAAGGUGGACCCCCUGGGCUGCUACUGGGCCGGCACUUUGUGCCGUGAUGCCUCCGAAGAGAUUGUGCCGAAGGCGGCGAAGCUCUACCGACGUAGUGGGGACGGCGCGGUGAAGAUGGUCAUGGAGGAGCUGAGUAUCUCCAAUGGCUUGGUUUGGAGCAAGGAUGGGCAAACCAUGUACUACAUCGACACCCCUUCGGCCCAAAUCGACGCCAUGGAUUUCACCGCUGGCGAGGUCUCCAACCGCCGUGCUGUGGUGAAGGGCUUUGACUUCGAGACCACCGGCUUUCCGGAUGGGUGUGCAAUUGACCUUGAGGACCGCCUGUGGGUGGCCCGUUUCAACGGUGGGGCCUGCGGCUGCUAUGACCCCAAGACAGGCAAGAUGCUGGCAGAAGUGCGAGUGCCAAAGGAAGCAGGGCGGCAGGUGACUUCUGCUGCCUUUGGCGGUGAAGAUCUGCAGGAUUUGUACCUCACCACGGCCCGGGAAGGCUUCGAUGAAGCGAAGGGCAAGGACUUUCCGUUAGCCGGGUCCUUGUUUGUGGUGCCAGCCGCCAAGCUACAGGAGAUUUGUCCCGGCGUCCGGGGGCAACCGCCCAACCAUUUGAAGCUUAGUUCCUAA